UCGCACACACUCAGAGCUGCGGCGGCGGGCGGAGGAAGGUUCAGUGUGCGUGCGUGCGUGUGUGUGUGUGUUUGUGUGUUUGAGUGUGUGUGUGGACCGGGGCCGAGCCUGCAGAUAUAGCUACACACACACGCGAGCUGCUUUCAACCUGGAAUGAGUUUGACUCUCUCGGCCCCAACAACGUCUUCGCUGUAGCCCCGCUGCCGUUCCACCGCGAGCCCACUCGUGACACCGACAAGAGGUCUUACAGAUGUUAGUUCACUCCUACUCCACCGCGGACCGGCAUGACGGCGUCUCGAGCCACAGCUCGCGCCUGUCCCAGCUGGGCUCGGUGUCGCACGGGGGGCCCUACUCCAGCGCGCCGCCGCUGUCCCACGCGCCCUCGUCGGACUUCCAGCCGCCGUACUUCCCGCCGCCGUACCAGCCGCUCGCUCACUACCAGAGCCAGGACCCGUACUCGCACGUGAGCGACCCGUACUCGCUGAACUCCCUGCACCAGAGCCAGCAGGGCGCGUGGGGCGCGCGGCAGCGGCAGGACGCCGCCGCGGACCGGAUGGACGGCUCCGCGCUGCUGGCGCAGCCGCGGGCCUCGCUGCCGCAGCUGUCCGGGCUGGACCCGCGGCGGGACUACGGCGGCGUGCGGCGGCCCGACGUGCUGCUGCACUCCGCCCACCCGGGACUGGAGCCCGGCAUGGGCGACGGACUGCUGCACGGGCUGCACGGUAUGGAGGACGUCCAGACCAUUGAAGACAGCAACGGAACGAACAUCCUGGAUCAAUCAGUAAUUAAAAAAGUUCCCAUGCCUCACAAAAACAUGGGCUCCCUGAUGCUGGGCAAGGACGGCCUGAUGGGCGGAGUGACCGUCAGCAUCAACGAGGUGUUCUGCUCGGUACCGGGCCGCCUGUCGCUGCUCAGCUCCACCUCCAAGUACAAGGUGACCGUAGGGGAGGUGCAGAGGAGACUGUCCCCGCCCGAGUGCCUCAACGCCUCCCUGUUGGGGGGCGUGCUGAGAAGAGCAAAGUCCAAAAACGGUGGGAAGUGUCUGCGGGAGAAGCUGGAGAAGAUUGGACUGAAUUUACCUGCGGGAAGACGCAAAGCUGCCAACGUCACGCUACUAACGUCUCUUGUAGAAGGUGAGGCGGUCCACCUGGCCCGGGACUUCGGUUACAUCUGCGAGACGGAGUUCCCCACCAAGGCCGUGAGCGAGUACCUCAACCGGCAGCACUCGGACCCCAACGAGCUGCACACGCGGAAAAACAUGCUGCUGGCGACAAAACAGCUGUGUAAGGAGUUCACGGACCUGCUGGCCCAGGACAGGACUCCCCUGGGCAACUCCCGGCCCUCCCCCAUCCUGGAGCCGGGCAUCCAGAGCUGCCUCUCCCACUUCUCCUUCAUCACGCACGGCUUCGGGUCGCCCGCCAUCUGCGCCGCGCUCACCGCCCUGCAGAACUACCUCAACGAGGCUCUCAAAGGACUCGACAAGAUGUUCCUCAACAACCCGUCCAACAACCGGCACGGCGACGGCAACAAGGCCGGCGACAAGGAGGAGAAGCAGCGGAAAUGAGGCUGGCGGGGGGGGAAGAAGAAGAAGAAGAAGAAGAAGGGGAGCGAUGAUGAUGGCGGACCCCCACACACAGAGGCGUUACACCGUUUACUUCUAGCUUUACACCACUGCGACUGACCUGCCACGCACACGGGGGGGGGGGGGGGGGGGGGGGGGGGGGGGGG